AGAAAAAAGCUUAUUACAAUGCCUUAAAUUCAUCAAGAUGUUUCAGCAACCUUCAAUUUAAGCAAAUACCAGACCCAUAAAUGCCGGAACCAGUUUCGUACGCAACUUAGGCGCCAAAGGUUUCAUCAUGCAGGAAGCUCUUUAGCCAAGAAUCAUAAAGAUAUUAAUCUUUAUGAAAAGUGCAGAGGUUUAGUGGCUCAAACUGCGCUACUGCUUUUUGGAGCUAUCUGUACCUAUACACUCGUUGGUUUUUCAGUAUUCUGAAGCUCUUUAAUCAAUGGUUAUCUGAUCUAAAUUUAUGACAAUCCGUGUGUAAAGUUCUAACAGUCCUUGAUACGCCUUCAGAGAAAAAGUGAAACGAUUGCCUUCCUAUUAACAAUUUGAGAUUAUUUUUAAUUAAAAUCAAAAUGUUAUUUGUAACCAUGUCUCGGAUCGUUAUGCGGAUUGCCGACUAUCUGACCUCGUCGGAUGAAAAGAAAAUCCCCAUAAAAACUAGUCGCUUCUUAGAUUUCAAUGAUAGCAAGAAAGAAUAAAUUGCAAGCCAUUAAUUACCUAAACUAGAAAAAAAAAAGAAAAUUGUGAUAGCAUAAAGACUUCCGAACAAAUGAGACAAACAUCGAUGGUGUACAAAUCAAUAAAAUGAUGAUGAAUAUGAUAAAAAGACUGAGGCUUAUAGAGUAACUCUAAAUAAAUUAUAAUAUAACACACCUUACUUGAAUAUAAAGAAUUGAAACAAAAGUAUACCCAUGUGCUAUAUCAGGUAGUACGGCCUCUAAGUAGAUACUAUACUAGACGUAAUAAAAAAUUCAAGAAGUUGAAGUUUAAUUAAAAACUUCUGCUGAUCUACCUUUCUGGAUGAAGCACACGCAUCCGGCCACAUCGGCCGACCCAAAGGCAAUGUACCAUGGAAUGCAUUCUGGACACACAGAAAAGAAGAAAGGAGAUUCAAAUGAACGUGUAAUCAAUAAUUAUAAUUUUGAAGACAUAUGUGCUGAACAUAGAACUCACGGAAUGUAUAGGGGAUCUGAAUGGCCUACGUGUGAUCAUGACAUACCAAACACAACCUGUGGUCAUCAUAUGAAUAAUGAUAUGAACAUUGGCAUUACUAAUGUAUCAAACUAUAACACAGAUAGUACUUGUAAUUGUUGUCCAACAAGUUCAAACACUCCAAACCAAAAUGCCCAAAAACGACAUCCUCCUUGCCAGCAAACCCUGUUGGAACAGGCUAUGGAAUACCUAUAUUCACUGGUUUUUAACCACAGAAGCCAUUGUGAACGUUGUAACCCAAACCUAGUAUGUCCACGUUGUAAACAGCUGCAUUCAAAUAAUCAACCGCCUUGUUCGACCGAGCCGUCGCCAUGUCCAGAUGAUAAGCCUCAAAAUAAUAAAUCGUCAUGGCUAAGUUCCAAAUUUAAAAAGCCGCCACCCGCUGCUUCAUCAGCAUAUUCGAAUACUACACCGACAUGUCCCAAUGCUACUCCGAAAUGUCCCAAUAUUAAACCGAAAUGUCCUAAUGCUACACCGAAAUGUCCAAAUAUUAAAUCGACAUGUCCCAAUGAUACUCCAAAAUGUCCCAAUGCUACUCCGAAAUGUCCAAAUAUUAAACCGAAAUGUCCCAAUGCUACUCCAAAAUGUCCCAACGCUACACCAUCAUGUCCUAAUGCUGAGCAACCUUCUGAGAAUGAUGAACAGCCAUGUUGCAUACCUGAGCCGCCAUGUCCAGAUCCCAAACCGCCAUGUCAGAAAUGCCCAGCUGCAAAAGCAAACAAUAACCAUGAGGAUUGCUGUAAAGAGUCUCUGUUCGAAUUGGCAAAAACAUAUCUUCAAAAUAUUAUGUAUUCCCACAAGAACGCAUGUCCACAUUGCACGCAACAACUAGCAUGUUGUUAUGCAAAGGAGUUGCUCAAAUAUUUGCGAGAAAUUAUUGAACAAGCUUGGAUUUACACUAAACAGUAUUACGAACAGGUUUGUCAAGAAGAGCUUGAGGCUGAGAAAGAUAAUAAACCGUGCACUUGUGCUGCGCCAAAAGGAAAUGGAAAUAACCUACCAUGUCCACCACCACCACGCCCGCCACCACCAUGCCCGCCACCGUCAUGCCCGCCACCGCCAUGCCCGCCACCACCACGCCCGCCACCACCAUGCCCGCCACCACCAUGCCCGCCUGUACGUUGUCCUGUAUGCUUUCCAGAACCCGAAGAAAAUGACGAUGACCGUUUCACUCCUUGUUGUUUACAUAAUUCUGAAGGUGUACAGCAGCCUCAUCAUACAUCUGAAUCUCAUAAUAAAUCGUGUUGCUUAUCUCGGGAUUUCCAGUCACUUUCUGAACCUUAUGAUGCCGACAUAGAACCUGAGAUAAGCGAAUGUUCUUUAGACAGAGAAUCUUCUGGGAAUCUGCAUGAUCGCAACGUUAUGGGAUUGCUAUCAUCAAACAAUGGCGGACCUUGUAAGACUUGUUGUAAGAAUUGUACAGACGAACCAGAUAAUUGUGAUGGAAACGAAAACGGAAACGGAACAAACGGAACAGGUAACGAAAACGAAAACGGAAACGCAUGCGGAAAACGUAAAUUAGGUUUGAGUUUGAGUAUGGAACCUAAUGACCAUAGAUUCUGCACAAACCCUAAUGAAUGUAAGCAUUCAAAGGAAUCACUUAACAACUGUGAAGACGAGUCACCACCACCGCCGCCACAAGCUGCUUGCGGACGGGGGAAGCGACCUGGUUGUCCUACUAAUGAACAAGCGGAACAGGCUGAUAUGCCAUGUACUGGAGGUUGCAAAAAGUGUAAUACACCAAAUGCCAAAUCAAAGAAACGCGAACGACGCAUGCCAGACGAUGAAUAUAAAAAAUUUUUAGACGACCAAUUGCGGAAGAUAGAAAACCGUCUAAAGGACCAAGGGCCAUUGUGUCAGUCCAAUUGCAAUUGCUUGACCUGUGUCACGGGUAAUAAUUGUAGGACAGGUACAAAUAAACCUGAAGAAAAAGACGAAGAAAAUUAUUAUUAUUUUUGAUUUGAUAUAAAAUUAAUCUUACAAGAAUUUGAUGGUGUAUUAAAG